UAAAAGCAGGAGUCAGUCAUCGUUACGGGAAGGGCGCGCGCAAACACUUUAAAACAGCUGUUUGAACCACAGGCACUUCAAUUUGUUCAAAGGGAAAAACAGCACGUCAUCUCCCUUGGAAUCUACUUUAUUUAUUUUUAAAGUUCAAGGCAUUAUGGGGCAGCACGGUUCGAAAUCCUCCUUCGAAGCUCGGGUGAUUUUCCAGCGCGCCGAGGAAACGUGCGAGAGAACGGAUUCAUGCUCGACCCCAGCGCCGGUUGUCCGCAUCCAGAGGGAGGCGUCCACUCCGACGGCCUGCUUUUGCUCCUCCGCUCGAGUCCCGGAGAAAUCUUCACCCCACUCAUCAUGGCCUCAUAGCCGCCGUGACGCCGGGGCUCUGGUGUAUGUGAUGGACAACCCAACCGGAGGCGUGUGGGUGAAACCCAGAGAGAAAUGGACCAGAUCUUGACACAAGAAAGUCUUGAUUUGAAAAGCCACUACUCUGCAGGAGAAAACAAACGCAUCCAUGAGUUCAGCGUCUGGAUGAUUCCUUUGUGCUUCACGUUUGGCGUCCGCACCCACUUCUCAGUUGGUGGAUGAAAAGGAACUCCAUGCGUCGAGCUGGAUGCUAAUCACUUCCUUUUGGUGUCAGUUUGUGAGGAAAGUGCAUAAAAAUGACGAGUAUAUGCGCACUGGGAAUCCUUGGUUCCUUCGAAAACGCUGUCUGGCAUUGUUUUUUUGUCAGUUAAGGCGGCAAAUGAGAAAAAUGUAGAAAAAGUAAAAGGUGGAAACUUGGAUCAAGUCAGCAGCAAUGCCAAAUAUUGCACUUCAGUUUGUCUCAAACCUCGCCAUUGGCUGACUAGCCCAAAGAGCCCUAGUCCUGUCUUUUAUUUUACUUUUUCGUAUUCUGUAUUGUUUUAUCACGUUUAAAGAUGUUGGCUGCUUGAUUUAAAUCGAUUUUAAGAUUAUUUUAAAUGUCUUAAAUGAAUUGGUCCUUCAUUUUCAAGAGAACUGCUUUUAGUUUGUGACCCUCCGCAGAGCCCCUCGGGUCCUCAGGUGAAUGUUUGCUGGUGGUCCCACCGAUAAAAACCCACAGGAGGGCACAUUCCAACACUGGUUGGUGAGACCCACACCUGUGGAACACCUGAGGAGGUGACGGCUUCAUCCACUGUGGAGGUUCUAAAAACUCAAAGCUCAUCUUUUUAUCUUAUCUUUCCUCGUGUUUUAAUUUGAUUUUAUUGACUGUUUUUCCACGAUUUGUUUUCGUAGAAUGUGUAUGUUGGGGCAUUUUUAUUAUGACUAUUUUUACCAUUACUUUUAUUAUUUAUUUAUUUUAUGCAAAGCACUCCGGGGUUCUGUUGCAGCAAAAGUGUUCAAGAUGAUUUUGAAAGGGAAUAGAGAACUUCCAGUUUAAACCACAUCCACAAAUCUUUUUUGUGAAAAAAAAGAUUUGUGAGAAUAUUAUUGAUAAUAUUGGAAUGUUUAAACUAUUAUUUAUUAGAUUUUUCUAUUUCCCCUUUUUGUUUCCGUGCUGCUGGAAAACGUAUAUUUGCAUUUUAUUGAUCACAAAUGUGAAAUAGGAAUCUACUUCCAUAAAAAGGAUGAAAAAAACUUGUGCGUAAAGAUUAAAUCAAUUUAAAAUGUAUCAAAGGCGAUGCGCACAUUUGUUCUAUAAACUUCUACUUUGUUCCGUGUUCACGUGUGUAUUAAAAGACACGUUUUAGUGGCGUUGAUAAAGCUGAGUAGGGAUUUGCUAAUCUUAACCUUUGCUCCUGGUGUGGCACCUUAUCAUAGCGUGCGUUUUUUCCUGCAUGGAGCUACUGGUUUAUCUAUUAAAACUCCGGGCAACGCAUUGAGCAAACAGCAGUUGGAGUGAGUGCCCGGACCGAGCAGGGCGCACGCGUUUCCCGUCGCCAUGGGGCAUCUGACGUCUAAACAGCCAGAAGUUCAUGUUCUUCUUCUUGGUCUGGACAAUGCUGGAAAGUCCACCCUCCUGUACAAAAUGAAACACGACGCGAGUGUCAUCACCGUGCCGACGAUUGGCUUCAACGUGGAAAUGUUUGGGGCCAAGAAGAACCGGAAGAGCAUCUCUGUGACCAUGUGGGACGUGGGGGGUCAGGCGAAGAUGCGGGAACACUGGCACGAUUUUUACCUGAACGCUGCGGCCGUCGUGUACGUGGUGGACAGCGCUGACAGGAGCCGCGUGGACGAGGCCCGCGUGGAGCUGGAGCACAUCCUGAGGAGCGAGCAGCUGAGCCACCGCCCGCUCAUUCUGCUGGCCAACAAACAGGACGUAAGUGGAGCUCUGACCGUCACGGAACUGAAGGACAGGAUCAACAUGAGGACAAUCUGCUCAGAUCGGGACUGGUUCGUGCAGCCGUGCUCAGCCACCACGGGCUUUGGAGUUCAGGACGCUUUCAGGAGGGUGGUACAGAUGGUCAGACUCCCAUCCGAGGUCAAAGAGAACAUCAAAGAAAAAGUACAAUUCAUCCGGUCAACCAGGAGGCCAUAAAUAUAUUUGAGCCAAUUUUAAACAUUGUGGAUUUAUCAACCUUUUAUCCUAAGCAGAACUGAUGAAGAGCUUUGACUGUUGAAUGUUUGGCUUUAACUUCAUGUUCUCAUAUUUAUAAUUGUGUGAUCUUGUAAAAAAAUAUGUUCAGUUGGCAUUAAAACCACUUUUAUUGAUCUA